AUGGCUACAACAACUGACGAAAGCGACACCACGCCGCUUCCCACAGGAAAGUUCGCACGUUGCCACGACAUCAUGCUGCUCCAACAGGUGUCCCUGUCGCGACCGUGGGAGGGUGAAUACGGGACGGUGAUGACGAUCUGGGCCGAGGUUGCGACAGAGUUGAACCGCAUGCCUGGAUUUUCAAUGGUGAAGAAGCCGGGCGCACUGAAGACCAGGUUCGAAUACCUGUUGGCAAAGCACGAGAAGGGGGAGAGUGCGUCGUUGCGCAAGUCGGGGACAACUGAGGAGUACUCUGAACGUGACCAGCUCCUGACAGACAUCAAGUUGCGCGUGGACGAUUUUGCCGAAAACGAAGCCGUGCGCAAGAAUGCUGCGAAGCGGAAACAGCUUGAAAUGUCUGCCAAGAAGACCGAGGACGCUGAGAUCACUCCGAUCAAGCGGCGCAAGAAGUCGAAGAAACCAGCUCAUUCCCUCGAUAUUGCGAGCCUUAUGGGCAUCAUUCGUGAAGGCAUUGAGGACAAGGAGCGGCGUGAGGCGCAGCGAUGCCUACUGGUGCAUUGCGAACUUUCAUCUUUCUGUCGCAUCGUCCGCGCGACCGCAACUGCUCUGUACAAGACUUGGAGCGAAGUGAUCCGCUUUCACGAAGCCUUGCUCGUAGACCGAGUUGGCCUCGACGGAACGCCCGAAUUCAUCUGCAAUGGUGGAAAGUCGACAGAGCUCAGCCAGUCGUCGACGCUGGAUUGCAAGUGCCUCGAGCGACUCCACUUGAUCGGAGCUCGGUGUACUGACAAAGGCUGGCAGUCGUAG